AUGGCGACUUCACGCAUCCUGGGAAGUGCUUUCGCCCGACCAAACCUUAAUGCUUUAACAUCGUCGUUGCCCUUGCCCUCUCAAAUAUCCCGUCAUAUCUGUAGCGCGGCUUCCGGUUUACCGCGCGCAACGCAGAAGCAUACACGAACUGCCCAAUUUUCAUCCUUGAUAGGCAAGACUGGUGGCCUGAGCAGGAGUAACGGUCGAGAAGCUCGCACAUACAACACCAAGAGCACGCCGAGCGAGGCACCUCCAUUUGCCUUCGCCUUCGAUAUCGAUGGCGUCCUCCUUCACGUCGCGACGCCCAUCCCCGGCGCUCCCGAAGCCCUCAAGUUCCUGAACGACAACGACAUCCCUUUCAUUCUCCUCACCAACGGCGGUGGCAAGCACGAGACCGAACGAGUCAAAGACCUUAGCCAGAAGCUUGGUGUCGAGCUCACCACCGACAACUUUGUCCAAUCGCACACGCCGUUUCGCCAGCUCGUUGAAGGGCCCGACAGCCUGCGGGAGAAGACCAUCCUCGUGACAGGCGCCAAUGCGGAGAAGUGUCGACUCAUCGCCGAGGACUACGGCUUCCGCAACGUCGUCACGCCGGCCGACAUCCUCAAAGCUCACCCGGAGGUCUUCCCUUUCGACCCGCUCCUCGACACCGUCUAUACCGCUACUGCGCGCCCGCUGCCCAGGCCCAUCUUCACGCCCGGGUCCGGCAUGCGCCUGAGCGACGCGCUCAAGAUCGACGCUAUGUUCGUCUUCAACGACCCGCGCGACUGGGCCUACGACAUCCAGCUCAUCGUCGACCUGCUCCUCUCGCAGGAAGGUUACGUGGGCACGUACUCGCCCAAGAAUGGCGACGCCGCUCUACCCUCGUGUGGCUGGCAGCAAGACGGGCAGCCGCCGCUGUACUUUAGCAACGCGGACCUGCUCUGGAGUACGGGAUUCCACCUCCCGCGUUUCGGGCAGGGCGCGUUCCAGGCCGCCGUGGUGGGCGUCUGGCGGCGAUUGACGAACGGCCAUGAGCUGCAGCGGCGGGUGAUUGGCAAGCCGUACAGCGAAACAUAUCAGUUUGCUGAGAGGGUGCUGACGACCCAUAGGCACGAGGUACUGAGGCGCCGCGGCCACCAUGAGCCUGGCACGCUGAAGAGCGUGUAUAUGGUGGGUGAUAACCCGGAGAGCGACAUCGCGGGGGCGAAUGAUUUUCAAAGUGAGGCUGGAACGGAGUGGUGUUCGAUCUUGGUGCGGACGGGCGUGUGGAGCCCGGAGCAUGCGGGGGAGAAGGCACUCCAGGGGAGAUUCAAGCCAAAGGUCAUUGUGGAUGAUGCGCGGGAGGCGGUCAGGUGGGCUUUGAAGAGAGAGGGUUGGACUGGUCCGGCGUUGUAGGGCUACAAGAUGAGAGAGAAUGAUUUUGAUUCAAGUUCAGCGCAUUUCACGGCAUCUACAGCACUUCUACAACAUUUCAACCACGUAUAUACGUUUAUCUAGAAUCUACGAAAACCGAGAAGUUCCAAGCCC